ACACACACGCCCACAGUCACUUCUCCCGGUUGCUUGCAGAAGAUGGUGGUGUCUGCCUCCUGCUGACAUUCGUCCACGAGCUCGGAAAGCGCGCGGAGCAUUUCAGCUGAACCUCGUGCUCAAAAUGGUUGGACGACGAGUUGUGGUGGCUGUGUGGACGGCACGUGGGGCGAAACUGUCACAUUAGUCUCGGAUUAAAGGUGGAGCGAUUAUUUGGAGGGGGGGUUAUGACAACGUUUCCCCCCUCAUUCCUUCCAGGUCGAUCAAAGUGUCUGGAUCAAAGCGGCGCUCUGCCUUAACCUGUGAGACUGAGGUGUGGGGGGGAGGAUGCAGAGAGAGGGAGGGGGGGCCCUUUAAUCACCUGCACCCGUCUGGCUUUUUCAAAGGGAGACCAGGCUGUCAAAGUUUUUAAUUUUUUUUUUCCAAAUUAACAGAAGGAGCAGCAGACCUCUUCCUCGCCUGCCUUUUCCUUUCCCCCCUCCCCUUUUCCUUCCUGUGGACGCACGCGGGACAAUCUAGGUUGGUGACAUGUGGUGUGACUGGAUUAUACCAAAGAGGCAUUGAUGCAAUUUUGAAACUGAAAUUGCAGCAAUAAAUCCACACAUUUUUUUUCGAAACCUGCGACUUUGUGGACACUGGAGGGUUUGGAAUGAAAACCCUAGUCAGUUUUUAUACCUACAGUUCCAACCAGGCCUUAUGGGAAUGAUUAUGUGGGUUUUUUCUUAAGCCUCGAAACCAUUUUUUACACUAGUCUUCCUAAUAUAAAUAUUUUUUGUUGUUGUUGACUAUGGUUUAUAUGCCUUUUGCUCUGUUUUAUACACAAAAAAGGUCUUGUUCUGCAAAUAUUUUUGUUUAUGCUCCAUGGAAAUGAAGUGACACAAAGAGGCAAUAAUAAUAGAACAGACUGGAAAAAGUAUUAACUGUUUUAUGAGGAUAUAUGGUGACGCCUCCCUUUUCCCAAAUUAUUCGGUACUUUUUUUUUAACUCUACUUUCUAUUUGAGGCAGUGUUUCAAAAUUUUUCCAAUGAGCAAAGCAAAGUGUGGGCUGCUGAGUUGACUUGGACUGGAACAGAGUGCACUGCAAGUAAACCUUGCCGUCUCAAGUGCUUCAAAACAGACGGGAAUGUAGAGGAAUGCAGGCAUUGACGUCAAGAGGUGCAAUAAUGAACUACUCAAAAACCCUGGAUGGUCUGCUUGCCUUGCUACAGCCAAAACCCCUCAUGUUUUUGUUUGUGCUCUGUUUCACGCUUCUCUCAAUGCCCUGCUAUAGUCUGCACACUUUGCCUUACUUUUUCAUCCAUGUUUUCAUGUAAAUGACUGUGCCUUUUUCAUCGUUUUUGAGACCUGGAUAGAGAAAGACCCAACAUGGCAUCACCCCAACAUCAGCAGUUGCUGCCUCACCACACAGAGGUGAGCUGUAACUCCAGUGGAGAUGGGGGAGUCUCAGUGAAAAUUGGCGGCAGUGUCAAGCACAAGCAUGGAAUUGGGCCGCUGGGUUCAAUCGGAGGAGGCUUUAUCGUGGGAGCCAAGCACUGCAAAUAUAGCAUUUCUUCCAGCUGCAGCUCUGGAGAGUCUGGAAUGAAGAGGACAGUGGUCAAGAAUUUUCGAGCUCAAAGGAAGAUGCCUCAACUUUUCGAGAGAUCUGCAGGCCAUUUCUGGGAUCCGAAGUUUGACUCCUCUAUCCUAGAGGAGGCCUGUAGGGAACGUUGUUUUCCUCAGACCCAGCGGCGCUUCCGCUAUGUGCUCUUUUACCUGGCGGCUGCUGCCUUUCUUUGGGGAUUGUACUUUGCUGCCAACCCUUCCCGCUGUGACAGGGUGGUGUUUCUUCUUCCCAUCGCUUCUUUCUUCAUUUUCUGUUUUCUUAUCUUUCUUCUAACUUUCACCAGGCUUUACUCUCGUUGCUACAAUCAGGCAUCGCUGCUGCUCAUUCUUGUAACAUUCAUCCUGACCCUGGCUCCCCAGAUUCAGACAUUUAGCUUCAAAGAAGAUGUGGAAGAAUUUAGUGUUGUGGAGACAUUCUACAACCAUUCCAUUGAUGCAUCUGUGGGUAAUUUGACCAUAACCCGGUGUCUAUCUCCUGUAGGCACCUUUUCCCUUUGCAUUGAAGUUCUACUAUUGCUGUACAGCGUUCUGCAUGUCCGACUGUACGCUUCUGUACUGCUUGGGUUACUCUACUCUGUGGUUUUUGAGAGUUUGGGCUGGAUGCACCUGAGCCAGGUAGAUGGAGACCAGAGCUCAGAGUGGGCGACAUUAACAUGGUUGGGACCAGCCAAAGCCUUGCUCCAUCUCUGCGCUCAUGCCAUUGGGAUGCAUCUAUUCAUCAUGUCUGAGGUGCGAUCACGCAGCACUUUUCUUAAAGUGGGACAAGCCAUCAUGCAUGGCAAAGAUCUGGAGGUGGAGAAGGCUUUGAAGGAGCGUAUGAUCCAUUCUGUCAUGCCCAGACUUGUGGCUGAUGAAUUGAUGAAGCAGAGCGACGAGGACAUUGGGGAUAACUCUGCAAAGCGAUACUCCACAAGUGGGGCAGCUGCCGUCAUCUCCAGCCCAAAAAGCAACAAACGUAAGAAAACCUCCAUCCCAAGAGGCCAGAUCAUCUUCAGACCCUUCAACAUGAAACGGAUGGAGCCAGUCAGCAUCCUCUUUGCAGACAUCGUGGGCUUCACUAAAAUGUCUGCCAACAAAUCUGCCCAUGCCCUUGUGGGGCUUUUGAAUGACUUGUUUGGGCGUUUUGAUAGACUUUGUGAGAUCACGGGGUGUGAAAAGAUCAGUACUUUAGGAGACUGCUAUUACUGUGUAGCCGGAUGUCCAGAACCCAGACCAGAUCAUGCCUACUGCUGCGUAGAGAUGGGCUUAGGCAUGAUUCAGGCGAUUGAGCAGUUCUGCCAGGAGAAGAGGGAAAUGGUCAACAUGAGGGUGGGGGUUCACACUGGCACGGUGCUGUGUGGCAUCCUGGGCAUGAAGCGCUUCAAGUUUGACGUUUGGUCAAAUGACGUUAAUUUGGCCAAUCUGAUGGAGCAGCUGGGAGUGGCUGGAAAGGUCCACUUAUCACAGGCUACCGCCAAGUUCCUGGAUGACCGGUACCGGCGUGAAGACGGACAGGUUGUUGAAAGGAUUGGACCAAGUGUGGUGGCGGAUCAACUCAAAGGCCAGAGGACCUACCUGAUUUCUGGCAGAAGGGAUGAGCUUCACUCUCACUGCAGCUGCUCCCGAAUGGAAUCGUCUGUUCCAGAAGAUCAUCAGUGUCCCAUGCCCAGUGCACUCACGCCUGAUGGAGCCCCCCCAGCAUGCACUCUUCCUCCAGACAAAACCAAGCCCCCUUGUCUGCCCUGCAGUGUGGCCCUGAUAGCAGGGGAGGAUCAGGUUCUGGAGUUGGUACACAAUGGCUGCCAUGAUGAUCACAAAACCAACAACAGCGAGGACUCUUCAAAUCUAAAGUGCUCCCCAGCAGCUUCUUUUGGGCGCAGCCCCAAGGCAGUGAAUGGCCUGCUCAGCCCUCAGCUGGAAGCACUGAAUAACAGCCAGACAUCGCUAUGUGAGAUGCUGCAGGAGAAGGAGAAGAAGACAUGGAGCGGGGCAGGUAUGGGCAUGGAUCACUCGGCGCUCAUCCCUCUUCGAUCCAAAAACUUCAGAGAAAGGAGCGAUGCUCACUUUGUGGAUGUGAUCAAGGAGGACAGUCUUAUGAAGGACUAUUUCUACAAACCUCCCUUAAACAAGCUGAGUCUCACCUUUCUGGAGAGAAGCCUUGAAUCUGCUUACCGAAUAAGCUACCAGGAAGAGGUGGAGAACCAGGCAGCGGUGCGCACGUUCGCCAGCCCAACAUUCAGCUCUUUCCUGGACAUGCUGCUGUGCUGUUUGGUAUUUCUGGCUCUCUCUCUGGCCUGUUUCCUCCGAGCACUUGUUGACCCGCAGAGCAACAAGCUGUCCACACCAGCACUCAUUCUGACAGCUGCAGCUGCACUGCUAGAGGCUCUGGCUCUGCUAUUUGCUGUUCGUAUGGCCUUCUUUCUGGACAGUGUGUUGACUUGCACUCGGGGGCUAAUGACAGCCAUCUCAGGCUGGAUGGCGCGACACUUCAUUGGAUCGGUUCUGGUGUCUCUUCCCACCGUGGCAGUCUUCUCACACGUCACUUGUGAUGUGGUUUUCCCCACUGAGUUCAUCUGCUGUGCCAUCAUCAUAGCCAUUAUUCAGUACUGUAACUUCUGUCAACUUUGCUACUGGAUGCGCUCCACAAUAGCAACACUGGUGGGGCUGGCUAUGGUUACACUGCUCUUCAGUUUCCCUUGCAGUCUUGCUGAGGGCCUGUUUUCAUGGUCUAACACCAACAACAAGAGCAACAUUAGUAACAACAGCAACAAUAGUUCCACUCUCUUCUCUGACUAUCGACCAAUCCCGAACCAGGAUUUAGCUCUUGAGGUUUGCGUAGCCUUUUUCCUGCUCCUCGUCUUGGUCUGGUUCCUUAAUCGGGAAUUUGAGGUCAGCUACCGUUUGCAUUACCAUGGUAACGUGGAAGCUGAUCAACAUCGCAUCAAGAUUCAGAACAUGAGGGAUCAAGCUGACUGGCUGCUUCGCAAUAUCAUUCCAAUCCACGUGGCAGAGCAGCUCAAAGUCACUCAGAGUUACUCCAAGAACCACGACAACGUGGGUGUCAUAUUUGCAAGUAUCGUAAACUUCAGUGAGUUUUACGAGGAGAGCUAUGAAGGAGGCAAAGAGUGCUAUCGCGUCCUCAAUGAGCUCAUAGGCGACUUUGACGAGCUCCUACGAAAACCUGCGUUCGCAAAUAUCGAGAAGAUCAAGACCAUUGGAGCCACUUACAUGGCAGCCUCUGGACUCAAUGCUCAGCAGUGCGCGGAUGCAGCUCAUCCUCAUGCACACCUCCGUGCUCUUUUUGAAUUUGCCCUUGAGAUGAUGCGUGUGGUGGACGACUUUAACAAAAACAUGCUGGGUUUUGGCUUUAAGCUCCGCAUUGGGUUUAACCACGGCCCUCUGACAGCGGGUGUGAUUGGCACCACCAAACUUCUCUACGACAUUUGGGGUGAUACUGUCAACAUCGCCAGCCGCAUGGAUACUACAGGUGUGGAGUGUCGCGUCCAGGUUAGUGAGGAAAGCUAUUGUGUGCUUAGCGGCAUGGAUUACGAGUUUGAUUAUCGGGGUACGGUUAAUGUCAAAGGUAAAGGGCAGAUGAAGACCUUCCUUUACCCUAAAAGCAGUGACAGUGGCCCCGUGCCUCAGUACCAACUCUCGGUCUCACCAGAGAUCCGAGCACAGGUGGAUGGGAGCAUUGGACGCUCUCCCACUGACGAAAUAGCCAGCAUGGUUCCUACAUCCAGCACGUCUGCAAGAAACGCAAAUCCUUUAGUACUCAGUGCUAGUACGGGUUCCUCAAAGACAAGAGGGCUAAACAACCUGAAAGAGGCAGACAUCUAUGAAAGACGCCCUUCCUCAGAAGCUGCUUGCACCAGGCGGUCCAUGUCUCACAGUGGCUUAACAUCCAUACCUGCCAACAAUACAGAAGGAUCAUCUUCAAACAUCUCAUCCCACGUCCAACACGAAACAUUCCAAAACUCCACAAGGUGUCUGAAAGACAAUAAGAGCGACAAACACGAGAAAGAGGACACUGCUGCUGGAGAGUUAACCAGGCUUUAAGGAUUCGUUUAUAUGAAUAUGUCUUGUUACAAGUUCUCAGCCCUUUAAACAGUAGUAACUGUUCUUUUCUGUGUAGAAGUGCUGUACAUUUGUAAGCAGAAGGGGAGACUGGCUUUUUCCUGUCAGUUAGGGAGGGAGGUUAUUUGCUGUCUGUGCGUGUAAAACCUUUAUUUUUUUAAACCUAAGAAGAAAAAAAUCAAAUCCUGCAUAUUAGGUUAAAUCUUCAGUUUUUGGCAAACAUUGAUGUUUAUCAGUAUUUUUAGGAGUAUAAGUACCCCUGCCUAAAAAUGAUGCGACAUAUGUAUGGAUUCUCAUACCAUCAAUGCCUGCAGAGAUGCACAUGUCACAUCAGGCUCUGAUGGGUUGACUGAUUUGAUUUUCACUGCACCUUUAAUCUUGAUUAUUUCUUAUGUCUUUUAAGUGCCUUUAGAAUAGAAUACAAUGUCAACUAGGCCUUUUUAGAAAAAAGGGAAUAACAACAUAAAGGGAAAAUUGUAAAUAGGAAUUUUUGGGUGUAAAAAAAAAGAAAUGCUUUGCUUUUGUUUACUUCACCAACUCUGUUUUGUUUUGCGCCAGUAUUGUUGUCUUUUUACUCAUAGAUGAAAACUAGAAAAUGUGAUAUAGGAAUAAGAAAAAGGUCCUAAAUGAGGGAAAACGUGCACACAAAUGGUCUUGUGGAUGUGUCAAAGUGGGAAAAUUCCUCAUGAGAGUCACAGCCAGGACUAAUCAAUACAGGCUACAGGCUAACAAGGAUCAGCUGCAUAUAUUGUGGGAAUGUAUCUGCAUGCAUGUAAUGUAGUGCGUGUCUGUGUGCUUGUAAAGUCAAGUCAUGCAACUCUUAAUGGGCAAACUGCAGGAUUACAGGGGCUCUAGGAAUUGCUUCAAGGAGCAAGAAGAAAAAAAAAGUUGCUGAUGAGACGGCUUUUUCUCUGUCAACAGUUUGCGUUGCUUCAAGAUUGACAGACAAUUACCUGGACUAAACUGAAUCAGCAUGCUUGCAGCACAUAAAGAUUUCCAGCAUUUUGACCCUCUAGAAUAGCUGUGGUGUCGUGUAUUUCAAUCUACCCUGCGCUCUACCUGUGGGGUGCUUUAACUCAUGACUUUGAAUGGGCUACUAAUGACAUUGUGUGUUCAUUUAUAGUGGUUCGAGGUCAUCAAUGAGGUUAACGGAUGUUUUUAAAUCGUGUGUGUUGCAUACAUUUUGAGCUAUUAAGAGGGGGAGUCGCCCUCUGCUAUCUGUAAUGAAAGGCAUUGCAGGAGAGCUUGAUGCUUUUGCUGUUUUCAGUCUUUAAACAGCAUGAAAAUUAAUGUAAUAACAAUGUAAAUGCAAUGUACUAAAUAAAUUGAAUACCUUUUUUUGUUUUUGUUUCUGUUUAAUAGAAAAUUGUUAAGUUGAUUUUAUAGCUGUGCAUUCUGCCUCAAUCAGCGUUUCUCAGCUAAAAAGUAUUGUGUGCUCAGUGACAAAAAGGACCUUCACCUUUAAUGGCUGUUUUUAUUAAUUAAUUAUAACCCUAAUUUAAAUCCAUAGAACACUAUCAAUCUAGGAUUUUAAAAUCCUUACCAAGAAAACAGUUGUAGAAAAUGAUUUGUCUAUUUUUGUUGAACAUAAAAAACCCAGUUUCAUUAAACAUUUUGCAUUUCUUAAUACUGUAAUAAAGGCAAGGACAGGGUAUGGGUAAUAGGUGCCUUUAUGUGUAAUUUAAUUUUCAAAACAUUGCAUAUAUUUGCAGUAUUUUACAGCUUGAAUUUUUUUUUUCCUGUCUGAGUUUGGAGCAGUGCCUUUUCUUAAAAUAUUAAAAUGAAAUGUAAUAAAAUACACAAUAACAUAAUUUAAAGUGGUAAAAUUAUUGCAAUAUUUUGUCCUCUGUUAUAUGCCAACAGUAAUAGGUUAACUUACAUUUUGGUUGAACAUAAAAGGAACGAUUUGUUUGUUAAUGAGCACAGAAUUCUGGUUUAAAAUUUGUUUUCCACAUGAAAGGGACAAAAAUUACUGUUCAUUUAGGGUUAAAUGCUUGUGUAGCUGAUGACUCUUGAUUGUCAUGUAAGGUAUUCUCUUGUAUUAUUAAAGUUGAAAGAUGUGUUGAAACUGUGAGCAUUUUGGCAACAAAAAGUUAUUUUGCAAACAUAUGUUAACUUGGCAUGACUUAGUUGAGUGUAACAUUCUGAGCUCCACUAUAGAUCAACGCUUUGGAAAAUGCUGGUGCCAAAGAGUGUCAUUUUCAUUACUUGCAAUUUCUGUAUUUGAUUUGAUCUCUUCGAAACUUAUUUGAUAGCAACAAUUUCUACAGUCAGCGCUCAUCCUACUCACAGUUAAAUACGAUUGCUUAAGGCUCCUUCAUACAUAGUAUGCUUUUCUGUUGUAUGCACACUUCUUUUUUAUCAUUUAUAUAAGUGCAUGUACAAAAAGUAUUAAAUAGCCUAAAAUAA